AUGAAGACUGCCUACACUAACGCCUAUAGAUGCCUGGCCAAGGAUCUGGACGCUUACGCCAUGAACACGGACAUGACAAUGGACGGCAUUGGCAGCCUGCAUGGCGGGGUGGCGGUGAGCUCCGUGGCCCCUGAUGCUGAGCUGAUGACCGGCCACAGCCCGCACCACGGCCGCGGGAGCUCGGUAGCAGCGGGGGGACACGGGGCGGCGGCGGCUGCAGCGGCGGCGGCGGCGUCCACCCUGCGGAUACACCAGGACCUGGCCGCCGCCGCCGCGUCAUCCCGCUCCGCCAUGGUGUCAGGCAUGGCCACGAUACUGGACGGCAGCGGGGAGUACCGGCCGGAGCUGUCCCUGCCGCUGCACCACGCCAUGAGCGUGCCCUGCGACACGUCCUCUCCCGGGAUGGGGAUGAGCGGCACCUACACCACCUUAACCCCGCUGCAGCCGCUGCCCCCCAUCUCCACCGUGUCGGACAAGUUUCACCACCAUCACCAUCACCACCACCACCAGCGGCUCUCCGGGAACGUGAGCGGGAGCUUCACCCUGAUGCGGGACGAGCGGGGACUACCGGGCAUGAACAACCUCUACAGCCCGUACCACAAGGACCACAUGUCCGGGAUGGGUCAGAGUCUGUCCCCGGUGCUGGGCAACGGCCUGGGUUCCAUACACAACACCCAACAGGGUCUCCACAAUUACGGCACGGCAACGCACGGAGGCCACGACAAGAUGCUGAACUUCGACGCGCACCACACCGCCUCCAUGCUGGCCAGAGGGGACCACCACCAGCACCGAGGCCUCGGUGGCCCGGCGGGCGGGAUGAUGCCGCACCUGAACGGGAUGCACCACCCGGGGCACCCGGCUGCCUCCUCGGCGGGUCACCACCCCCACUCCCACCUCCAGUCUCCAUCCCACGGGCCCGUGUUGGCUUCCACCCGGGAAAGACCGCCCUCCUCCUCGGGGACGCAGGGGGGGAACAGUUCGGGGCAGCUGGAAGAAAUCAACACCAAGGAGGUAGCGCAGAGGAUCACGGCGGAGCUGAAAAGGUACAGCAUCCCCCAGGCCAUCUUCGCCCAGAGGGUGCUGUGCCGCUCCCAGGGGACCCUGUCGGACCUGCUGAGGAACCCCAAACCCUGGAGUAAACUAAAGUCAGGCCGGGAGACCUUCAGGAGGAUGUGGAAGUGGCUGCAGGAGCCCGAGUUUCAGAGGAUGUCGGCCCUCAGACUGGCAGCGUGCAAACGGAAGGAGCAGGACACGGCGAAGGACCGCAACAACACACCAAAGAAGUCGCGGCUGGUCUUCACCGACCUGCAGCGGCGCACCCUGCUGGCCAUCUUCAAGGAGAACAAGCGGCCGUCCAAAGAGAUGCAGCUCACCAUCUCGCAGCAGCUGGGCCUAGAACUCACCACCGUCAGCAACUUCUUCAUGAACGCCCGACGCCGGAGCCUGGACAAAUGGACAGACGACGGAGCCAGCCCGGGCGCCCAAUCCUCGGCGUCCAGCACUUGUACCAAAGCGUGA